ACCAAAGCAGGCUGAGGCAAACCUCGCGCUGUCGUGCCACAUACGUUGAUUGCGUUACGCGUGGCGUAGUCGAGAGACAUCGUACGGCUGCUGCCACGACGAAUAACAGAUCGCACGCGGCUCGUCCGCCAAGGCUCAGAGGCACAGAGAGGUUUAGGGCUCUCCGAGAGCAAUCCCGUCAGCAGCACCGAGCACAACAAUGCCACACACCGCAGCGCUCGUCGUGAGCCUCGUUGCCAGCGCUAGUGCUCUCUCCGCGCCGACGUCGGCGCCCAAGGCAGCGCUCUACAACGCAAUCGAUAAAUUCAACGCCGCCACGGCAAUCGACGGAACCGUACCCAUAGACUUUGGCGUGAAAGGCGGCGAGCUCGACAAGAAGUCUCGCGCCCCGCGAAAUUUAUUUCCGGACGGCUUCGACGCCGUGUCAGAAAACGUGGGCACAGCGGCCAAGGGCGUCAUGGCGGCCGUCGACGCACUCGCCGGCGAGGCGUCGUUGGCCGCCAAUGCUGCGGACACCUGGAAGACGGCGGACUCGCCCCUCACGGGCGAGUGGAGCAACCUCUGGACUACCGCUGCUGAUGCCACGUUCGAUUCCAAGAGCGAACGCGGCGCCGCCAAGGUUUCCAAUGUGGUGGACGCGAGGAAGGGCCGCAUCACGAACGUCAUUAAAUUUACGGAUCCCGAGAGCAAGGCUGAUGCGCUGAGAGUGAGACUCACAGCCAAGGCCGUCGGGGCGCGGCGCCUCGAGCUCACGUUCCGCUGGGUGUGCGUGACCUUCAAGAAGCGGCUCUUCGGCCUCUUCAAGAGCGUAUACGUCCCGCUCGUGCCGGCGACGUUCCUGGCACGCCUGAUCUUUUUGUUCCGACCCAAAAUCAAGCCCGCGACGCCGUUCUUCGAUUUGCUUUAUUUGGAUGACGAGCUCCGCGUGCAGAAGACGGGCGAGGGGAAUGUGUUCGUGCAGAAGAGACUAGUGCAGUAAGGAAUUGUUGUUUCU